CUGGUGCUGGUUGAUGGUGACGUUUGCAAAUCUGGCGUUUUGUGCUUUAUCGUAGUUGAGGUUUAGCUGGGCAGUGACUCGGAGUUGUGCAAGUGCAGUACUGUUACACGUCAACCAGGACAUUUAUCCACAAAGCAGGAGUGUAAAUAUCACUGUGAACACGCUGAACGGGUACACUGGACGGCGUCUGCGAGGUUUACGGAGUUCCGUGUUGAGGAAAACACUAAUUGGAGGCCUGCGGGAAAAGGCGAUCCCCGGACUCUCCUGUGGACUCCAGGCCGAGAUGAGAGGACAUGUCACUGGGGCGAUGUGUUAACGUUGGACUCUCCUCCCUUUAUCUUGCCGAUAAGAGGGCAAGGACCUAAUCUGCGACAGGACACCAACAUUGGUGUGGAUGAGGCUGCCAUGUUGCUUUUGGAUUUUAAGGAUUGAAGUUGCCGUUGUUUCAUCCGGCCCUGUUAACACUGACAGCAUCAGAGCCACCGAUUGCUGAGGAUUGUUUAUUCGGCGGUUUCUAGCUUGUGACAGGCGAAGUCAAAACUGUCAAACAUGAACCGUUACCUGCCUGUGGCGCAGCAGCACUUCCUGACUGCUCUGGCCAGCACCAGUGUGGUGGUGAAAUCCAUCUGCGCCACAGUGCUCUUGCUGUACCUCAUAUCGUGGCUCGUGGACACGCAUGUUGCUCUCGGCGUCACCCCUGGCUACCUCUUCCCACCAAACUUCUGGAUCUGGACUUUGGUGACCCACCCUGUGGUGGAACAGCACAUAUUGGGUGUGGCAGUGAAUGUUGCCACAGUGAUUGUUGCUGGGCGACUGCUAGAGCCUCUCUGGGGGGCUCUGGAGCUGCUCAUCUUCUUCGCUGUAGUGAACGUUUCUGCCGGCCUGCUUUCCGGCCUUUCCUAUGUGCUCACUUAUGCCGCCACAUUUGAUUUGAGGUAUCUGUUUGCUGUACAUGUGUUUGGUGCGCCAGCUUUUCUGGGUGGUGUUUUGGUGGCCCUGAAGCAGACUUCAGGCGAUACGACAGUACUUAGGGUGCCACAGAUUCGUCUCAAGGCAGCUCCUGCCCUAGCCCUGCUAGCGUUAUCCAUCUUGAGGCUAGCUGGGCUACUGGACAGCUCAGCUCCACUAGCAGGCUGUGGCUAUGGAGCAUUAGCAGGAUGGGUGUACUUGCGCUUUUAUCAGCGACACAGCCGUGGGCGUGGGGACAUGUCGGACCACUUUGCCUUUGCCUCCUUCUUCCCUGAGGCACUGCAGCCAGCUGUGGGCUUUGUCGCUGGCCUUGUGCAUGCAGCCCUGGUCAAGAUAAAGGUGUGUCGGAAAAUGGUGAAGCGCUAUGAUGUUGGAGCACCAUCCUCCAUCACCAUCAGCCUGCCUGGUACAGACCCACAGGAUGCUGAGAGGAGACGGCAACUGGCAUUGAAAGCCCUAAAUGAACGUCUAAAGCGAGUGGAGGACUCUGCAUGGCCCAGUAUGGAAGACGAGGAAGAUGACGAUGAUGAUGAAGUUCGGACGGAUGCGCCUUUGCUACCAACCCGUGAUCCCUCGCUACCACCACCCAGCUCUACCCAGAAUCCCACAGGACAGGAGUCCAGCAUUAUAAGCUUUGAAGACGCCCCUGCUCACUCCUAACACACACGCACACAUACACGCAUAUAAAUGGGUGCAAAAACCUCACAGUUUACCCUCAGAAUUUAAGUUAAGAUACAAUCGUAGUACCUGCUGAAGAUGCAGGUAGACAUGCCAUGAUCAAAUCACUCAAAAAUACGAUGAAUUGCCAUAGAUCUUUAUCUGUCAAAUCAGAUACAUUGUCCUGACACAACCAAGCCUACAAAUCCACUGAUAUGUUUUUUGAAAAUGUACAAAAAGAACUUCAGACUUUCCUGAAAAUCCAUAUAUAUGGCACUCAAGGUUUUUUUUUUCUUUUCUUGGCGAUGUACAAACAGGCAGACAGGAAUAUCUUUAUCUCUCCCUGUUAUGUGUGUGUGUGUGUGUGUGUGUGUGUGUGUGUGUGUAUAUAUGUAUGGAUGUGUGUAUGUGUUUGUAUACAUGUACAUGUGUGCAUAAGGUUUCUGGAAGGUGUUCUUUCCAAAUAAAUGCUUAAGCUGUGCUGGGGCUUAUUACUUACAUUUUACCUGAGCUCCAGGCUCUCUAGAAAGCUUAAGGGUAACUGCUAGUUUACUUUCCCCUCCCAGCAGCAAGUUGCAGGACAGUUAACUAUUUUUUUAUUUAAUGACAUUAAGUCCUUUUUGCUUAUAAUUUGGGUUAAAAGGCUGCUUCCUUUUGUAUUUCACCAGCAUGGUGACAUUGAAAACAUCCUUUAAAAUAUGAGCUGGUUUGCCAAAGGUGGAGAUUUGCAGAUUUCAUAAUACCUGAGAUGAUAAAUAUUCAAACCACAUUUCACUGGUCACAUUUGCCAGACCAUUCCCUUACUUUCUUUGUGCUUUGAACGUUGAUUGAUUUCAAACAUUGAGUUAUAAACUAGAGGCACAUCUUCUCAUCAGUUCUGUUCUUGAAUAGGACCUCACUGGAGUUUUGGACUGGGGAUUAUACACUCAAGGAUACACAAUUUAAUAGGGAUACAAUAGGUUGGGAAUUGUAUAGUAAAAUUAAUCAAAUACAAACAUUUUAGCACAGUAGUCCAACAUCACCUAAAUAUGCUCUUCAGAAGUACAGUAGUACAAACAUUUGUGCCAGUUUGGAGGCUGUAUCUGUAUAUCAUGGCUGAGCUUAAGCAUAGCUUACUAAAUUUCUGUAUAGAUCAGAUAUUUUUAUGUAUAACAGUAUAGAGUUUCUCUGCAUCUCUAUGUUACAGUUUUACUUUAGAUUACCACUAGUUUUGAGCAAAAGGAAAGCCAGAAAUGAUGUAUUACCACCCCCUGCUGUUCUUGCAUGGUAUAGUUCAACUUUCCUAAAGUUGAAGCCACCAGCAGUCCAGUAGCCUUGAGUGGAGAUGCAAUUAAUAGGACUGAGUAAAUAAACCAUGUAAUAUUUUAAUGAGAAAUGGCAGAUUCUCUCCCAAGUUGGUGGUGCUUUGUGCCUUCAGGCUAUAUUCAUUACCAUCUGCGGGAGAGAAACAUGCCAGUUCUGGUCCUUGCCACCACACAUUUUGAGAAAGUUGCACCUCUAGGCUAUAACUGUGUUUAUUGUCCAUCUUUUUGGGCAUAUGAGACCUUGCAUGAAGAUGAGAGUAUGUACAGUGGACAUCCUAGGUAGUUCAAACUGAGGAUAGCAAUACAGCAAUGUUUCAGCUACACACUACAUUUCACAUUUCUCUUCUGAGGUAAUAUGUAUCAAGCUUUUUAGUGUGAGAAAGAUGACCUAGAGUUGGUUUAAUCACUUUUAUAUCCUAAAUAACAAUAGUUUCAUGGACAGUGUGAUGCUGAUCCUCAAUCAGCUGAACAUUCUAUGUGACUUUUGAUGUAUAUGACCUCUGGAGUCCAUUCUCUGUGUUGAUCUCUGUGUUUUUCAGCCAUCAUAAAAGUAUUUUCUAGGUUGUGUAAACCUACAGCAUUCACGAUCUUGAAAUCUUACUCUGUUAUGUGUGGGGAAAGUUGGGUUGGACAUUUGUUUGUGUUUCACCGGGAGCAAGUGUUGGAGGGAGAGCAAAAAUAGAAAGAAUUUGCGCCUGUUUGUAUAAAGCACACAUUCUCUAUACUUUUGACAGUGAUGUUCAGAAAUGGAGGGGCAGGAUUGUGGGUCAAUUUUGCUGAGGUUUUGUUUUUGUUUUUGUUUUUUUUAGGUGGUUGGAUUUCUCACUAAUAGUUUUUUGUUUGUUUCAGGUUUUUAAUACAUUCUGUUAAUCUUUCUCCCUCUCUGGUUGUGAGUCUCAACAUCUCUUCGCUCAGUGGCUCAGAAGCCCACCUCUCUCUCUGAUUCUCUUUCUCUCUCCAAUAAAAGACUAUAAGGAGAUCACCUUUGCUACUGAAACUUGAUUUUCCAUGAAUGGGAAAUUCAUGGAGAUUUUAGCUGGUAGUGUGGACAUACAGUCACCUGUUGCCACUCUUGGUACACGAUAACACAUUAAUGUUAUAUGAUUGAAAUAUAUGGAAGAAAAAGAAAAGCAACAUAAAUUUUCUUAUUAUGGUCAUUGUGUUGGGCAUCUCUGAGUCACCAGAACAGCUUCAGUAUGCCUUAGCAUCUCUUUAGAUGUUGAGUUGGGUCAAGAUCUGCUGAAGGGGAAUGCUCAUCAAACCAUUCAGUGAUGCCUCGUGCCCUGUGGACAGGGGCAUUGCUGUACUGGAAGAGUCUGUUCCAGGCAGGCUGCAAAUGUGUUGUAAGAUAAGGUGGUCAAUCAGAAUAAAUUUGUAUUGAUAUACAGUGAUCAUUACAGCAAAAUCUCACUGUAGGCAUCAAGCAUUCAGGCCUGUCUUGUGUGAAUGGUGCAUGCCACCCAUGCACGCCCACUUGUGAAGAAUAUGGUGAAAGAUGACUCAUCUGGACCACAUUUUCCACAUCUCUGUAGACAAGUACCUAUACUUCAUGUGGCUGAACUUUCCAGUUGUCAUUUUGUCAUGAGGGGUUUCUUCACUGCAGCUUUACUAGAGUAUGCCUCUCUGUGUAGUAGCCUGUUCAUGCAGAGAGACGAGUCAUGUCCUGCACUGACAUUCUCAGUCACCUGAAGAACAGUUGCUCUUCUGGUUUUCCUUGCACAUCACACUACAUGCCACAGAUGGUUGUAUUUUACUUGCCUCAUUGUAUCAGCAGUGCACCUGUCUGGAAGUGUGUGAACAUGCUGUGUGCUCAUAUUCAGGUUUUUCCUAAAAUUUGUCAUCUAUCUGUAUAUAGAUACAGUUAUUGUCUGUCAUAUCCUAAUAUAUACUUCAGCUGGAAAUAUAUGGUUGAUCCUAUAGACAAAGCACAUGGAGCUUCACAUGCCAGCCAUUGUUGAGAAGAAAUUUCUUCUUAAAACCCACUUACAAAGUUUUCACAAAGACUCUGACAUUCACCAGUAUUUUAUUAUUUGUGAUUUAUUCUUAGGUAAGAACAGACUCUACACACACUCCAGCAUAAAAUUGUGAACAGUUCUACGGGUUGAGAAUCUGACAUGGGCUUUUUCUUAGAAUCUUACUCAAGAACAAAUGUAAAUAAAAAUUAAGAUAUUGGUGAA